UUAUGUAUGCUUGCGGGGAGAGAACGCAAAGAGAGACAGAGCCGCAAAAAAAUCCCCUAACCGACCAAGAAGGCAAAACACAGACCAACAAAGACGUUCUUUGUUUUCACUCUUUUGUCUCUACUUGACUGUAGUUCUGAGACUCCCAAUACCUCAAAAUCUUUGACCUGCACUUUCCCUUUCGUUGUCUCUUGUUCUCUGGAGAAUUUCCACGUGGGGGCACUCUUGAAAACCCUUGGAUUUGAAUGGGCAUGGUCUAGAAUUCCUGCGGCCGUGUAAUCUUUAUUGAGCCCGUGGUGAACUGGGUUUGUUGCCUUUAGAUGAUAUGGCUUUCAAACUUAGUUCUUCUUCAUGCUCUUUCGUGGCGCCUUAUGGUUCUUCUCUUUUAUGUCCAAGGAGAAUUUCGCAGCUGAACCUAAAACAAAGACCAUUCGACGGCCAGCAAUGUGAUUCCCAGCAGAUUAGAAAUGCUAAAGUCAAGUUAUGUGCCACAAUCGGGGAGCUGAAGGUGAGGGGAACGGUUAUAAAAAGGGGAAAGGUUGUGUUUGCUAGCUCUGAAGAUCAGUCACAAUUUGGUGACCUCCAACCACAUGUUGCAAAGGAAGACGAUCAGCAUGCUAAUGCUACAGCCUCCCCUCCAUUGAGUGGUUCACUCAUUCAUGUUGAGGGAACUGAUGGAAAACCAGGCUUAAUUUCAUUUUACAAUCGACCAUAUGGCAGAAACAUUGAGAUCAUUUCAUCUGAGACCCAAAGAAGUCAGAGCAGCUUAUUAUGGUUCAUUGCCCCUUCUGUCCUUGUGGCCUCUUUCGUUUUUCCCUCACUUUAUUUGCGAAAGAUAAUCUCCACUGUAUUUGAGGACUCUUUGCUGACAGUUUCUUGUUUGUCUGUAGAUUUCCUGAUAUUGUUCUUCACUGAAGCUCUUUUCUACUCCGGUGUUGCGAUUUUUCUUCUGCUAAUAGACCGUCUGAGGAGACCCAUUCGGCCUGUUGCAAAUGAUAGCAAAACCCUAGCUCCCCAACUUGCGCAGCGAAUUUCUUCUGUUGCUGUGCUGGUGCUCAGUCUUAUAAUUCCCAUGGGGACAAUGGGUUUGGUCUGGCCAUGGACCGGCCCUGCAGCUUCUGCUACACUUGCUCCAUACCUGGUUGGUAUUGUAGUCCAAUUUGCAUUUGAGCAGUAUGCUAGAUAUUGGAAGUCACCUUCAUGGCCUGUUAUUCCAGUCAUAUUUCAAGUUUACAGAUUGCACCAGCUGAAUAGAGCAGCACAGUUGGUGACUGCUCUUUCAUUCACAGUGAGAGGAGCUGAAAUGACCUCUCAUAACAUGGCCAUAAACAGCUCUCUUGGUACACUUUUGAAUGUCCUUCAAUUUCUCGGGGUUGUCAGCAUUUGGUCACUCUCUAAUUUCCUCAUGCGGUUCUUCCCUUCCUCUCCUAUUGAUGCAUAAUGAUUGCAUUUUCUUUUCCUGAGAGGAUUGAUGAUAUCAUUGGACUGAACAGUGUAGGAAAGGUAACUUAUUUAGGGUCCUUACUCUCUUUUUUGCCAUUUGGUUCUGCUAUGGCUGGAUUUCAAACAAGGUGGGUGUUGAAGGUUUCAACUCUCUUAUAAGCACAACAGUUGUUGUAUGAUUCACAUUAAGAAAUGAAAAGCUGGAUGGAUUAUAAACGCAACAGUUGUUGCAUGAUUCACAUUAAGAAGCAAAAUGCUGGAUGGAGCAGAUUUAAGGGAAAUUGCUAUUCUGAUAUUUCUGGGUUUGUACCUGACAGGACCUAGAUUCUGAUCUUUGUUAUCAGACGUCUGACAUUGUGCAGCAUUUAGCCAUCCUUACAUGUAAAUUAACCUUUUUCUUGUCCAAACUGAGGAAACACAGAUGGAUACGACAGUUUAGACAUGAAACGGUGAAAGAAUCAUCCAGAACGGGUAAAAGCAAAGGUGAGGCUACUGAGAAUAGCCUUGAUUAUUUUCCCAUUUGAAACAUUAGUAUUCAUUGAAAGGGUGAUGUCCUUGUUAUCAUCAAGUUUAAUCCUCUAUUUAUGAGAUAGAACCUAAUAAUUGAGUUAAUUCUAGGGAAGACACUUAACUGUUUGACUGCAAACAUUAUUAUCACUUUGCUAAGUUGGCUAGAACUAGACUACUAGUUUCUCAUGCAUUGAAUAUUUAUAAUUUCUUUUUGGUUGUA